AUGUCCUCACCACUCUCUGCUGACGAUGAAGACAUCUUCGAGCGUCUUAAACAGCGAGCCGACCCGAAAGUACUUGAAGAGCAGCAGCACGCCAUCAACGAACGGGUCCAUGCUAUCUACCAAAAGGCGCAGAUGCGUCUUGGAGAGUUGAUCGACCAGAACUCAACUCUCCCAUGCGCCAUAUCGUCGGUUCAAGUGCUUAAUGCGACUCAUACACGCAGAGGGUUCCUGCAAUCUAUAUUUGACCCUCUGCUAAGCGUCAAUCAAUCACGGCCCUAUACUCUUUCUGAGGCAUUGCGGGAGAUCUCAUCUCGAGCCGACAAGCUCGCGAGAUUUGACAUCUUUCAGCAACCGAUUUCAGUGUAUAUCGACCAGUCACCAGAUGCGAACCUGCAAAAUGGAAUACCCAACAUCGACGUCUUUUUCUCUGUCAAGGAAAAGUCCCGUGUACUCCUGAAGACAGGAACUGAUCUUGGAAACACUGAAGGCUCGGCCUAUGGAAAUCUCCUCUGGCGCAAUGUUUUUGGUGGUGCAGAGACUCUCAAUCUGAAUGCUUCUAUGGGCACUAGGACGAGGUCUGCUUAUCAAGCUGCUUUCGAGACCCCUAUCCUUACUGAUCCGGAUUUCCGCUUCGAAGUCGGUGGUAUUGCGAGUUCGACGCAAAAGUCAUGGGCCAGUCAUGAAGAAGUACUGAAGGGUGGCUGGAGUAAGCUCCGCUGGCUCAGCCAAUCCGGUCAUCGCCAUGAGGUCGGAUACAAUGGCUACUGGAGACAGAUUACUGGACUGGCUGAGAACGCCUCGCCCACAGUCCGGGCUGAUGCAGGGGACAGUGUAAAGAGCAGUAUUUUCCACAGCUGGGUCGCCGAUCGAAGAGAUAACCCUCUUCUUCCAUCCCGUGGCUACUACGCCAAGGCGUUCAACGAAUUGGCCGGAUGGGGCCCCCUAAAGGGAGACGUCUCGUUUUGGAAAUCGGAGGUCGAAGCCCAGGGAGCAAUUCCCAUUCCAAUUCCCGGAAUUAAAGGUGACAGCGGUAUCAGCUUCACAACCGGUUUCCGUGCGGGUCUCCUGUAUCCUUUGGGGCUGGACUCUGAUUCCCGACCUCAGCUCUCUCGCAUCAAUGACCGCUUCCUGCUCGGAGGCCCUACGGACGUCCGCGGCUUCCGCCUCUGCGGACUUGGUCCUCACGAUGGAGCAGAUGCCGUAGGAGGCGAUGUGUAUGCGGCGGGAAGUGCGAAUAUACUCCUCCCUCUUCCUCGAGUGAGUGCGGACAAGCCCCUGCGGCUGCAGGCGUUUGUGAACGGUGGCCGCCUGCUACCCCUGCGCACUUCGCAGAAGGAGGCUCCCACAAGCAGCGCGGAAGUGAAGGACGCCAUGGCUGCUACGAUUUCUGAGCUAGGAAAUGGACUACCUAGUGUUGCAGCAGGCAUUGGGCUCGUGUACGCCCACCCUGUUGCGCGCUUUGAGCUGAACUUCUCGCUCCCACUGGUGUUGCGGAAGGGUGAGGAGGGCAGAAAGGGACUGCAACUCGGAAUCGGUAUCAACUUCCUGUAG